AUGUCAUCUCUUAGCUCGCUCCUUCGGUGGAGAAUCGUGAAGUAUAGACAGCUCAGAAAAAAUGGAAAGUGUGAGGUACUUUUUUCUGUAACUUAAAAAAAUGCCCUCUUGUUCAUUAAGGAAGAUGAGUUGUCAUUGAUUGUCGACGCGGACAGACGCGAACUUUGCGUGUAUUGGAGAGGAAGAGAACAAGAGAAGAUCGAAUUCACCAAAGAUCCUUCAAAAUAUCCCAAACUGAGGUCACAAUUGAUUAGAAAUUAAUCAAAUGCUCUUGUCUUCACAGAUUCCGAGAGUUGAAUCUGUAUGUGAUGUACAACGACAAAUUCGAGGGAUUCCGACUGAGUUUCACAGAGAAAGACAAAGAAGAGUUUCUGUGGAGCAUGCUGAGUCUCGGAUGUUCUCUGGAAAGCAACCCGAAUCAAGCUUCCCAGGCCAGUCCACUCCCACCGUCGACGCCCUUCCCACCUGUGCAUCAGUCUUCUGCCGAUUAUCGUCCUUCAAACAGCUCAACGCAGCCAAUUCUCUCUUCCCAUGAAACAGCGGCGAUCUUCAAUCCGUACGCUUCUCCGAAUUUGCCACACGCCUUUUCGCAACCCAUUUUCGACGCGUACAUGCGACCGGAGAUCCCUUUCCAUGGAGACUCCUUCCCUCGUCCCUCUUAUCAAACGUUCUCCACGCCGUCUCCUUUGCCCACUUUCUCGCAGGUUGGUGUUUUAUCUGAUGUUCGAACAUGUUCAGAACACGCUUUCAGAUCCCUCCUCCCUCGUCUGCUUCUCCUCAUUUCUUCUCCCCUAUUCCACCACCAGCUCCUCCCGCGCGACUGGACAAAAGCAUGCAGACGGACGAUUUGUUGGAUGAGUUGUGCGAAAAUCCAGAGUUCGCAAAGGAAUGCUUGCGGAAUCUGAUGGAGAAUGGACAGUUCGCCAAUAUAAUAAAAACACAGAGAGUCGAGCUGCGAAAGAUUUCAAGAAUGGAAAAAGAUCAGAUUUACAAGGUAAAUAUUCAGCAUUCGAAAUUGAAAUAAAUAACUGUUUGAUUCAGAAUACUGAUCCAUCACCACGCAAUGAGAUACAGCUGAGCCAAGUGAGCCUGCCUUCCCAGUCACAGCCUCCAGCCGUCAAGCAUCAGCAAACAUCCGACCUAGAACACGACGUCUUCUCGCAGAGCUAA